AUGUCCUUCUUCUCACGGAAGAAGCACGCCCCCCCGCCCGCGACGGUGGCCGUCGUCCAGUCACCGAGCGCCGCCCUCGCCCAGCUCCAGCAGCCCCAGAUGCAACAGCCCGCACAGAAGCAGUCGCAGCAACAGCGGCCAGCGUAUCCGUGGUCACAGCGCCGGCUCGUGCUUCCGCCUCCUGUGACGAUAUCGAAGCCCGGUGUCGCACCGCCAACAACCCCUUCACCAUCGCCGUUCCCCAGAUACGGUCAUGCAUUGCCCGCCACCGCUACCGCGACUGGAGAGCUGUUUCUGUUCGGUGGACUCGUGAACAACACCGUGCGCAAUGACCUGUAUCUGUUGUCAACGCGAGAUCUGUCAGCGACGCUGUUGCAAACGGCGGGUGAGAUACCGUCGCCCCGAGUUGGCCAUGCAAGUGCGCUUGUCGGCAGCGUGCUCAUCGUAUGGGGCGGGGACACCAAAGCGAACACCAAGGCCAAGCCGACCGAUAAGCAGGAUGAUGGGCUAUAUCUACUCAACCUCGUAUCUCGUGAGUGGACAAGGGUCGCCGUGUACGGCCCAUCACCCGUUGGUCGUUACGGCCAUGCUGUCACCAUGGUCGGCUCGAAGUUCUAUAUGUUCGGUGGACAAGUCGACGGGGAGUUCUUGAAUGAUCUAUGGGCGUUUGAUCUUAAUUCAUUGCGGACGAGGGCGACAUGGGAGCUGGUGGAGCCCGCUGAGGGUUCGCCGCGACCAGCCCAGCGGACGGGUCACAUCUGUGUCACUCUUGAGAACAAGAUCUACCUGUUUGGUGGUACUGACUGCCAGUAUCACUACAAUGACACAUGGGUGUUCGACACCACCACCAACAUCUGGACUGAGCUAACAUGCAUUGGUUUCAUUCCCUCGCCGCGAGAGGGACAUGCUGCGUCUUUGGUAGACGAUGUGAUCUACGUGUUUGGCGGCAGAGGGGUGGACGGUAAGGACCUCGGAGAUCUAGGCGCCUUCAAGAUUUCUAACCAACGAUGGUACAUGUUCCAAAAGAUGGGUCCUGUCCCCAGUCCACGGUCAGGGCAUGCAAUGGCAUCCAUGGGAUCCCGUGUGUUUGUGCUCGGUGGGCUGGGUGGUGAAUCGCUGGGGAAUCCUGCAAAGCCCGAAGACCCCUCUCUCGUUCACGUCUUGGACACGAAGCAUAUAAAGUACCCCAAUUCUGACAAACCACCCGGACCGACUGGGCGAAAGUCCUCUAUCGGAGCACCGCAGACUGCAGCGUCCUCCGGUUCUGCAAAUGGCUCGAUCAUCAAUGGAUCGGUCAUCAAUGGCCAGCGGCCGUUGUCUCCCGAACAGCAAGGCUCGGAUGUGGAGGAAGUCCGUCGCGCAAUCUCCCCAUCUAGCAUACGAUCGGGCGGCAAGGCACCGAAUGGCGCUGCGUCUCAAUCGCUCUCCGGCGCGGCUCGUACAGCCUUGCGUCCUAGGCGCGACGACGAUGACGCGUACGGCGGCGGUGACAGCAGUCCAGAGGCGUCGUCUUCCGAGGCACGGGAACGUGCCAUGUCCCCCGAACAAGCACGUGCGAAGAGCCCUGUGUACAGUGCAAGCCGCGCAACGUCACCCGUGUCUCCGAGUGAGGGUCAGGAGCCGCUGAGCAUGGCAAGCGUGGCAAUGAGCCGUCAGGCCAUCGCUGCGCGCAGUCCAUCGCCGAAUGUCGAUCGGAGCAAGCCGCCUCCAGAUGGGUUCUUCCACGCCAGGACUGGCUCGCCUCUACCGAACCCGAACGGUAGUGUGUACAAGCCGGGGUCUACGGGCAACAUCACUGCAGACCUGAUCCGAGAUCUGAAGGAGAGAGAGGCUGAGAUGGAGGUCAUGAAGAAGCGUGAGGCGUGGAUGCGGGCAGCGCUCUCGAAAGCCUCCCGUUCUGGGUUUGUCUAUUCCGAGUCCGAGGAGGAGCUCCUCAACAGGGCCGAGGACGAUGAUAUCGAUGGUCAGAAGGUCACGGAGCUGGUCGUCCACUUCAAGCAACUCAAGGCCAAGCUUCAGGCGAGUAUUGUCGACCAAGCUAGGGUUGCUUCAGAACGUGUGCAGGAAGCAGAGAGACUUCGAUCAAGCGCUUUGCAGGAAGCCGCCUUCUACCGUGCGAAGCUAGCUGCCCUGGAGGUCUCCUCUGAUGUUGGCGAGGCGAGUAAGCUCGACCGGGAGCGUGCUGCUGAUCUGGAGCGACGAUUGGCUGCCGUGGCUAACGAGCGAACCGAGCGUGAUCACAAGAUCAAGGAGCUCUCGGAUACGCUCGCCAUGCAGACUAUGCUCAUGGAACAGGCGCAGGCGCGCGCGGAGGACGCGUCCAAGCGUGUCGAAGUGUUGUCUCAGUCGCACGAUCGAGACUCCGAGGCAUACCGAUCUUUGCAGGAGCGGUACGCGAGUAUGGAAGUUCUCUACCGAGAGCAGUCAGACCGCCUCCUUGCUCAGACCUCCCUGGUCGACCACCACGAGGCGGAUCAUAUGAAGGCGCAGUCCCAGCUGGAGGAGCUCAUACUCUCGCAAGAGCAGCACAUCCGUGCCCUUGAGCAAGCGCGUGCUGCUCUGCAAACAGCCUCCACUCGUGCGGACGAAGUCGAUGGCCAGUACAUCCGCGCCCGGGAGCAGGUCGCGCAGCUCGAAGCAGACCUCGCUGAUCUCCGAGGCGAACUGGAGGCGCGUACUACCGAGGUCGAAAAUUCCCGCGUGCGCAUCCUCGAUCUGGAGAACUCGUGGGCGAAGUCGCGCGAAGAGGCAGACGCAUUCCGUGCUCUCACGACGGGAAGCUUGGGCGAGAUCCUCGACUCACAUCGUGAUCUUAAAAGCGAUGAGGAUCGGAUGACUCGGGGCUAUGUCGAGAAGGUCAACGCGCUGCAGCGGGAUGUUGUGUCCCUACGGGACUUGCUGAGCACUUCCACUCGGCGUGCUGACGAAGCUCAGGGUGAACUUACCGAGGAGCGUCGAAAGACACGGGAGGCACAAUCAGAGACGUCAGCAUUGCAUUCCCAGAUCUCCGGCCUUCGGAUGCAGCUCUCGAAUGCGUUGGCGGAGAGUGCUCACUUGCGGAAAGAUCUCAUGUCGAAGCAAUCCGAGCUUGAGGGACAGCUUCGGGAGUCUGCUAACGCCAACAUGCGAUUGGACGCACUCCGGAAAUACCUCGCGGAGAACGGCAUCGUGGCUGAGGGAGAAGAUUUCCCCUCUAGACUAGGCGGCGCGUCACCCUCUCGGCUUGUUGAUCUAGAAAACAGGCUGGCAGAGCAGCUGCGUAUGCAAGAAAUUACGGAUCGUGAUCUGCGGGCUGCUUUGCAUCAGAAGGAGGAGGCGGAGGCACAGGUCGACUCGUUGUCCAGUCAGUUGGACCAGCUUCGUAUGGGGCAGAGUCCUACAAGACGUAGCGCCGACGGUGUCUCCGAAGCGCGCGCCAUCGAAGCCGAACGUAAGCUUGAGGAGACCGAGGCUAGCUACAAGGCCCGUAUGCAGCAGCUCGAAGAGGACUAUCAGCUUGCUGUUCACUACGUGAAAGGCACGGAAAAAAUGAUGCGCAAGAUGAAGGACGAGUUGACAAAGCAGAAGGCGCUCAAUCAAAGCAUACAGUCGGAGCUCGACCGAGGAUCGGAGUCCGGGUCGCGGACACGCGGAGUCAAUGGGCGCAACACGCCUUUGUCGGACGAAGCACACGAGUUGCUGCGCAACCAAUUGCAGGAUGCCCAGCGCCAAGUGCAACGCCUCAACAACGACAACCGUGAUCUUCGAGAUCGGAUCGAUACUUUGGAACGCGACCUCGAGCGCAUGAGGGACAAUGUGAUCGCCUCGCAACGAGAGUCUGACGAACGGUUGUCCCGCAUUGAAGAACUCGAACAAGACGUUGAACGGCUACAGAAUUCUCUCGUCAUUGCCCGAGGAGGACACGACGAGACACUACUAGAGCAGCUCAGCAACGAGAAUACGACCCUCAAGCGCGAGAACGAGCAAUUGUCACACAAAAUCGGUCUACUCUUGGAAGCUGACCAGCCAGUAUUUGGCCAUGGGCGGCCGAUCUCUGGGAUCUCUGAACGUCCAAUCAGCACAUCCAGUUCGGAGAAUGCCAUAGCGUUCGAACACUUGUCCACUCAACUAGACGACUGGCAGCGACAGUUGGCAAGCUCCAUGAGCAAUCGGAGGCCUCUUAUGGACUAUGACUCCAAUUCACCUGGGCAUGAGAGAACCAGGUCUCGGUCAUGACAGCAGCUCAAUAUUUAUUUGCAUAUACCCUGAUCGCUCAUUUGUCGCUCUCCUUUUUGUUUUCGCACAUCUUACCAUAGGUAUCCGUCACCUGCUGUCUUGUGUGGUAUAUUUCGCGGUACAAUAAUAGACUCAAGCUUCAUUACGAAUGCUGUACUAAUCCAAUGGAGGUGCCGUAGCGCGCUGUGUCCAUUCAAUAGCCUUGUUUUUGACGGCCUCUGCCCCCUCUUCGUCGCCCAGGCGGCGCUCCAGUCCUAACCACUUCUUGAAGAACGUUCUUUUAAUGAUUAUGGUUGAAUAAUGAUAUGCAUAUGGAUUUGAUAGGAGUACUCA